AUGGGUGUGUCAGAAGUGGGGGGAAUGGACAUUGCAAAGGUGGGACGUGGGUCACACUGGCAGGGGCUGUUGCCAAAAGGCUGCGCGCCUGGCGGCGGCUGUGGCACACCGGGCGGGGGCAUGGCCAAGCCGGCAGGUGGUUUCGUACCCGGCAGGGGCCGUUCCGCCGGGGGAGGCUGCCGCACCCCCGGGACAGAAGCGCCUCGGCGGGGGCGGGCUCGGUGCGGGGGGCGGUGCCGGUCCCUCCCCGGUCCCUCCUCCCCCGCCGCUCCUCCCGGCGCCAUGGCGGGCCCGGGCGGUGCCGGGGACGGCGGGGAUGUGCUGAGCGGCGGCAGCGAGCGGCGGUGCCGGGCGCGGCUGGCGGCGGGGGGCGCGGCGGGCGCGGCGGCGGCGGCCGCGGUGCUGGUGCCGCUGUGCUCGGUGCGCGGCCGCCCCGCGCUGCUCUUCACGCUCCGCUCCCGCCGCCUCGCCGGCCCCCACAGCGGCGACGUCAGCUUCCCCGGUGGGCGGCGGGACCCGGCGGACGGGGACGCGGUGGCCACGGCUCUGCGGGAGACGCGGGAGGAGCUGGGGGUGGCGGUGGCAGCCACCAGCGUCUGGGGACAGCUUCGGACGCUGCCCGACCGGAAUGGAAUGAGCGUGGCACCUGUUGUGGCCAACCUGGGGCCGCUGGAGGCCUUGACACUGAACCCCAACCCUGACGAGGUGGAGGAAGUGUUCACCCUGCCCCUGGCUCACCUGCUCCGCGAGGAGAACCAGGGCUACACCCAUUUCCGCACGGCCAGCGGCUACGGAUACACCUUGCCCGUGUUCCUCAAUGGCCCCCACAAGGUGUGGGGGCUCACGGCCAUCAUCACCGAGCUGACCCUGGAGCUGCUGGUGCCUGGCCGCUACCGCAGGAAGACCCACGUGCCUCCCCGGAAAGCCCCGGGAUGAGCGGGAUGGGGGCGGCUGUGGGGUCCCAGUGCCUCGGCUCUCCACCCGUGCACGGGGGAAACGGCUCUGAGCCCAGCAGCGAUGUCACACACUGUGAUUCAGUAAAAGCCAUGUUUGGAACUGC